CUUGCACCUCCCAAAGGGGCAAAGACGACUACUGCGCCUCCGUUCAACGCCCGCCGGCCUUUCCCCUCGGCUCCCAUUCAACGCCCGACCUCGAUCUCACCAGCUCCCAAACCUCACCUCGCGCAUGCACCACUCCAUGUCCGGGUCAGCAGCAGCAGGCGGAGAAGACCUCGGCGGCGGCCAGUUCUACGGCGACCAUCCGCCUGCCGACGACGGCUUCUUCCAGAGUCGUUCGGCGUGCGGCGGUGAAGGCGAUGGUGGUGUCACGCCGUCGGUCUACUCCAGCAUCACCGACUACCUGCAGGGGCUCCUCGACCCCGCGGAGCUCGCCAGGCACCUGGACGCGCCUCCGUGCUACCCGGCGAUGAGAGACGUGAUCGGCGAGACGGCGACCCCGGUCACGCCCAACUCGUCGACGUCCGGCGAGGCGGCGGGGGCUGAGUCCCACGGAUGCAAGAGAGGCAGUCCGGUGCCGGAGGAGGGAGACGAGGACGGAUCGGCUGAUCAUCACAACCACAGGAGCGACGAGAAGGAGCAGAAGAAGAAGAGGAAGGGGGAGAAGAAGGCGCGCGGCUCCCGUGUGGCCUUCGCAACCAAGAGCGAGGUCGACCACCUCGACGAUGGCUACCGCUGGCGCAAGUAUGGCCAGAAGGCCGUCAAGAACAGUUCUUUCCCAAGGAGCUACUACCGAUGCACGGCUGCGCAGUGUGGGGUGAAGAAGCUGGUGGAGCGGUCGCAGCAGGACCCUUCCACGGUUGUCACCACCUACGAGGGCCGCCACGGGCACCCAAGCCCCCUCGCCGCCCACCGUGGCUCAAGGAUGAUAAUGGCCACCGGCGCCGACACUGCCUACUCGCUUGCCGCGCUCCAACAUCAGCAACAUGGCUUUUUUCCAGCCGGUGCCGACGUCUAUGGGCGCAUGUGCAUACAGCCCACUACCGCCGUCGCUCCGUCGCUGGCACACAGAUUGUCGGAGUACGGUGGCAUGGAAGUGCAUGCCGAUCGCCUUCCCGAUGCCGUGGUGCACUAUCAGUCUAGGCAUCAUUAAUUCAGUAACUCUGCGUAUGUAGGAGUACAUAUAUAGUACAUCUGCAGCUUCGGUUUGGCCUUAAUUUAGCGAGGCAUGGAGCUGCCCGAUGGGCACACACGUUUUUUUAUUCGAACCGACAGAGACACAGGGUAACAGGUACAAAUGUUUCUUGUGCUGCAUUUGUUCUGGAUGUUGAAAUCAUUUCUUUAUAGCUAGCUAUUCUAGUUACAAUACCAAAGCACAAUUCUCUACGGCAAGGAUUAUACAGUGUGCAACUAUUCAGGUCUGUAAUCAGGAUUUUCUUAGCAGAAAGUAUGCAAUUGUGUACAUCUUGUGCUAUGUAUAAGAUAUGCUGCAAAAUACCCCGUUUGGUAGCUCAGUAUUUUUAAAGUAUUC